AUGAGACUCUCUCGCGUGCUGUUUCACAUCAAAAUGAUGCGAGCCGUGCUCCACGAUCCCCCUCCCUCGCUUCCUCGAAAACCCGCUGGGAGUGCCGCGGCCGCUGCGAGCGCCUCAGCGGCUUCAUCGGGAGAUAAAGGAGACGCCACGUCCCACCGCGAGAAAAAGGUUCGCCUGUUUCUGGGCUCCGCCCCGCGGCCGGAGCCGAGGAAAGAGGAGCAAGAAAUCCUCAUUCGAGUCAACGCCGCCGGCGUCAACCGCAUGGAUCUUCUUCAGAAAGCAGGCAAGUAUCCGGCGCCGGCAGGAGCUUCGCAGAUUCUGGGUCCCGAGGCAGCGGGCGUUGUUGUCUCUGCUCUCGAAGGGGGGCGGUUCAGAGAGGGCGAACGCGUCAUGGCGCUUCUUCAGGGAGGAGGCUACGCCGAAUACGUCGCAGUUCACGAGGGCCUGUGCCUGCCGGUGCCCGAAACGCUCUCCUUCGUUCAGGCUGCUGCAAUCCCCGAGAACUGGCUUACUGCCUACCAGCUCCUUCACAUGGUCGCAGGCGUGGGUACGGCACUGAUUCAGUUGAGUCGGCUGGCGGCGAUUCCAACUGUCGUCGCCUCUGCAGGCUCGGACGAGAAGCUUCGUCUCUGCCGCUCUCUAGGCGCGACUCACGUCAUCAAUUACCGCGCGCUCGAGGGCAAAUUCUCCGAUGCAGUUUUAGAGGCCACACAGGGAGAAGGCGCGGAUCUAGUGCUAGACCCCGUCGGCGCAUCCUUCAUGGCGGAGAAUGCAAAGUGCUGUGCGCUUGACGCAUGCUGGGUACUUUACGGCAGUCUCGGUGGCGUCGUGGCGCCUGCGUUCGACGUGCGGCCGUUCCUUGCCAAGCGCAUCCGUCUGCUCGCUUCGACACUCCGCAAUCAAAGUCUCGUCUACCGCGAGACACUUGUGAAACUCUUCGAGGAGGAGAUUCUUCCCAAAUUUGCCGACGGCACGCUCCAGGUCGUUGUGGAUUCGGCCUUCCCUGCGAGUCAAGCCGACGAGGCGCACCACCGUCUCGAGACAAACGCAAACAGCGGGAAAGUCGUUUUGACGUUCGAUAAAGGAGACGAGAAUUAA